AUGAGAACAGGCUCUGAAAGCGUCGAAGCAGACCAGUCCCCGUCCUCCGUGCAUUCCAGUGUCCUAGCGCCCGACGAGCAGGCGCUCCGUUUCAGUCCACCCAGCUCCUUGACCAACUCCUCCUCCUCUUCCUCUGCUCUCACCACACCCUUUUCUUCCCCGCCCAUGCCUGCUAAGGGCUCUCCGAGUCCGCACACGGUUGUUAAUGUUCUCGGUCCGUCAGGCGCUGACCCGCUAAAAUCCUUGUCUCUUGCUAACUACUCCCAGAAUGUUCUCUCCUUCCACCACAUCGCGUACACGGUUCGCCGCCGCGGGUCCAGCUCAUUUUCGUGCCUCUCUCGCGCCGGCGUGGAGUCAAACUCGUCCAAGUCCUCGUCUUCACGCUCCGCCUCCGCCGCUUCCGGGGAGCGCCUCGACGCUGCCGAGAACGAAAAGUCGACGCAGGCUUAUCGCUGCAUUCUCAACGACAUCUCGGGCUUCGCUCGGUCCAGCGAGGUGACCGCAAUCGUUGGGCCGUCGGGCUCGGGAAAGACGACGCUGCUCGACGUUCUUGCGCACCGCAUCGCCGCCGCUACCGCCACCGCCGCCCCCAGCGGUUCGCAGCAGUCCAGGCAGGCAAUUCCUAGCGCCUCCGCCGCCGCCGCUGGAUGCGGGCGGACAGGGCACAUCGAGCUUGACAGUGUUCCGAUGACGAGUAAUAUGAUGCGGCGCGUGUCGGCGUACGUGAUGCAGGACGAUCUGAUGCAUCCGACGCUGACGGCGCGCGAGACGCUGAUGUUCUCUGCGGAAAUGAACUUGCCGAGUAGGCUGUUCUCGCGGCGGGAGAAGGAGGCGCGCGUGGAGCGACUUCUCGAGAUCCUCGGGCUGUCGCACGUCGCCAACACCAUCAUCGGCGACGAAAACAGAAGAGGCGUGUCCGGCGGCGAGCGGAAGCGCGUGGCGAUCGGUGCGCACAUCGUGCACGAUCCCAAGAUCCUCUUUCUGGACGAGCCAACCUCGGGUCUCGACUCCACGAACGCGUGUCGCGUCGUCAACAUCCUGCACGACAUCGCCGUGCAGUCGCACAGCAUCGUCGUCAUGGUGCUGCACCAGCCGUCGUUUCGCAUCCUCGAGCUCGUCGAUCGCAUCAUGCUGCUCUCAGCGGGCAACGCCGUCUUCUUCGGCGCGCCGCGGCGCAUGCCCGCGUUCUUCGCGGAAUUCGGCCGGCCCGUGCCGCAAUUCGCGAAUCCGACGGAGUAUGCGCUCGAGCUGCUCGACAGGCUCGGCGCGACGCCGACGGGAUUGGAUGAGCUACACGCGUUCGCGCAGGAGUGGCUUCGCGGAAAGUGCUUUGCUAUCGCAGAGGCUGCUAACGGGGAUGGCUCGAAGAACGACGAAACUUGUGAAAGCGGCGACACUCGCGAGAGCAGCGGGAGUAACGACAGCAGCUCCGCAUUGCUCCCAGCUACCACAGCGGACACGGCGACGAGCCGCCCGGUGCCGCCGCGGACCGCGCCAGCGGCAAUCCCGGAGGAAGGCUUGGCUAUUGACAGCGACGCCAGUGGCGAUGCGGACGGAUCAGCUCCUCAUGAACAGGUAGCAGCGGAUGUAGCGGGAGCUGAUGAUGCUGUUGUUGGUGGCGGUGUGGGUGGCGCGCCUCCGUCGCGGUCGCCGUCGUCGAAGGUUGUUUCCGCGCCGCCGUCCCGCUGGACGUCGGUUUUCAAGAAAGAGAGUAGGCAGAGGCAGGAGGAGCAAUUAAAGAAAAAGCAGCAGCAGUGCGUGGUAGAGAGCAAUUACAAGGGCACGAGGCGGUAUGCGAAUAGCUGGCCGCGCGAGCUGUGGAUCUUGCUCCGCCGCGCGGCGCUGAUUAUUACGCGCAACCCCGCGCUGUACGGCUUGCGCCUGGGGCUGCUCACCGUCGCCGGGCUGCUGCUGUCGUCGCUCUUUUGGCAACCGCCGCACACGCCUAAGGGCCUGUGGGAGCGGCUGGCAUACCUGUCAUUUAUCGUGGCUGUUCUCUUUUUCUGCUCCGCUGAUGCCACUCCCAUCUUCAUUGAGGACCGGCACAUAUUCAUCCGGGAGACGUCGCACAACACGUACCGCACGUCGACGUACGUAGUGGCGCACGCGCUCGUGUACAUGCCGCUGCAGAUCCUCAUGGCGCUCGUCAUCACGCUCGAGUCCUGGUGGUGCGUCGGCCUCUCGGGCGGCGCCAGCGGCUUCUUCUUCAUGGCGCUGCUGUGCUUCGGAUGCCUCUUUGCUGGAAACGCCAUCGCCACCUUCUGCAGCGCCUUCUUUAGCAGCAUCAUCCUGGCGUACGCAGUGGUGAUCAGCUGCAUGGCAUACUUCACCAUCAUCAGCGGCUUCUACAUCCCGCGUACAUCCAUCCCGCCCUUCUGGAUCUGGCUGCACUACCUCUCGCCCAUCAAAUACGCCUACGAGGCCAUGGUCCUCAACGAGUUUGAUAGCCACAUCACACCCACGCCCUCCCCUUCUCCACCACCCCUCCUACCCCAAAUGCACCCACGCACGUACGGCACGCGCAUCUACACCUCCCCACACUCAUACUUUCCUUCUCUUCUUUCCUUUCCCCCUUCCCUGGUUCCCCUUCCCCUCCGCCCCCACCACCUCUCCUGCCCCUUGUGCCCACCCAGGGAGGACACGGCGUGCUACUUCCGCCUGAACCAGAUGGAGAACGUGGCAGCAAUCCGCUCGUACGUGAACGUAACGCGCGCCGAGGCCGCUCUGGACGUGUUCCUGCCGGGCAUCCUCAUGCCGGGCGUGCGCAUCACAGAGGACAGCUGCCUGCUGUAUGGCCAACGCAUCUACAGCGACCUGCUGGAUAUCUCCCAGCUCACCAAGUGGCAGUGCCUCGCCGUGCUGUUCAGCAUGGCGCUCGCUGUGCGGUUCGCGUAUUUCUGCGUGCUCGUGGGGAUUUAUAAGUCCAAGAGGAAAUAG